ACAGCGUUGGAUAAAUAAAUCGUAUGCCUCAGAGUUUUAGUCUCUGGCACUCCCUCUCAAAUUCAACGGUUGGAAUUUCCGAUUUUUCACCUUGAAUGGUCUUGCUCUUCCUCCUUCUCUUGGUGGCUCUAUUGGCAAAGGCGGAUGGAGAUGUUGCGUGCACAGGAACUGGGCUAAAUUGGUACAUCAACAUGGUUGGAGAGAGUCCUUGUACGACGUACGAAAGACUUCGUCAAAUAUGCAACCCGUCAUACCAAGUCGGUACCAUGAACGUCAACACUCCUCCGGAUGCUUGUGAUGAGCAAGUUGCGGACUGCUGCUGCAAUUCGGUUGCCUUCACCUUGAGCAUGCUCUGCCUCAAUUGCCAACAAGGAGGAAGCGGCAAUGGAAUUGACGCAGGUAAAGGUGCCUACCAGCUCUACCUGCAGGGUUCUCGUUCGCCUGGACAAUGGUGCAGCCCCGUCACGAACACGAGACCCUUUCCUAGUCUUCCAAAUAACAUCGAUACUGCAGUGUGUGAUCGCAACAUAAAGAUCAUCGACGAUAUCCGUACUGGGCUCUUUUGGUCCGAUGGGAGCUGGUUCUAUGUCUGGUCAUACGAGGCUAUCAGUAAAGACGUAGGUGCAAACAACAACAACGCUUUCACGCACUGUCCUACUACGAGUAUAAGCACAACUAGCACUUCCACCUCUUCUUCAGCCACGUCAACUUCGGUCUCCGGAAGUAUAGCCACGGUAGCAGUUCAGGCUGUUGAUACAACUGAUAUUCCUUUGUCUUCGAAUUCAGCUAGUAGUUCAACCACACCCGCCAGUGUGACAUCCAGUGCUGGAUCUGCUUCUAUUCCUGCCAGUGGUUCCACGAUCAUACUCGGGACAACUUUCUCCGUGAUCCACCCUUCUUCUAAUUCGUAUUUCGGGAGCCCGCCUAUGUCAACGUCGAUAUCCAGUGAUGCUAACGGUACCACUCCUGGAAGCACUGAGGGGUCCAAUCAGACCUUCUUGGCUCCAUCUUCUCAUACGAGUAAAGGUUUGAUAAGUGGAAUUGCGGGUGCAGCUAUCGGCAUCGUUUGUGCACUGUUGGCAUUGUGGUUUUUCUGUCGCUCUUCGAGGAAACGCAAGGGUGCAAGCAGGACAGUAACACAUACGCCGGCGAACGUUGAGCCUUUCGCCGAUCGAGAGCCUUCAUGGUAUACAGCAGGUUCAAACUAUGGAAAAUCGACCCCCUUUAUACCCCGGCCACGGAAAUUGGAGCUUGAGAACAGAAGCAAUUCGAGGAUCCAGCUGGAAUUGACAUCGGCUUAUUAUAACGAUCUGGAGACCGAUGAUCAACGCGAUAGUAGCCAUGGACUAUACUCAGAUGCGAUGGCCUCAGAUACGUUGUUCCCAGUGAGACACAUUGACGCCGGGCCUGCGCGAGGGGUGGUGGAAAGAAGGAUGUCGGGGAGCUUGCCCCCUGCAUACGGCGAGCAGAUACUUUGAUUUGCAGAUCUCUGUUCAUGUUAGAAAGUAGUACGCUCUUGCUCUUCUUCUGGACUUCUUUUUUAUACGGACACUGCACACCACUAUGAUAUCACGACAAGAUAUAAUUUUCACUCGAGAUUGUUCAAAGUUUUCGGUAUGCACUGCAAGCUUCUCAACGAAUUUCCGCGAUGAGCAUACGAAGAAGCUCAUCUUAGGAUAAGAUAAGGCCGGCGAAUGAGAGACGCCUAGCGCGCAUUAAGCGCUUAAUCUCUUCUACUUCCGUCUCUCAUCGCCUCACGUAUAAUACGCCAUAUCUUCGA